CGUCAUGUACGUGCGCCGGAAGACGGUCAAGGCGCACCGUUAGCUCGCAUCCAGAGCUCCCCAGACAAGCUGUUGUCCGCUCAAAAAGCUGUCACUAAAUCUUCCGACCCAACCCCAUUAGCUCCAUUAGUACAAACCUGAGCUCCACACAGCUUUAUGUGAUAACAUCAGGAAGUCACAGUUCGCCAAGAGCUAGCUUUGUUAGCCACCGGCCCUUUUUUUCCCCUCCCUUUCGUCACUUCCUACUUUUGAAACUCGCGGCUGUAGAAGAAGAAGAAGAAGAAAAUGGAGUUACAAGUGGGCUCUGAACCGAUGACUCUGGGUUCCCCCACCUCUCCCAAGCCGACCUCCGGAGCUCAGUUUCUUCCCGGUUUCCUGAUGGGUGACCUGCCCGCGCCCGCCACCCCACAGCCGCGGCCUUUCAGCCUGACCUCGCCCAUCGCAGAGAGCAUGAGCGCCAGUCGAGGAGGAGGAGGAGGUUCGGCCCCACAGCCUGUCGUCCCCACGCCAAAAGAUAAGAGCGGCGCUCCUCCUGUUCGCAGUAUCUACGAUGACCUGGUCACCAUGGGGACGCCCCUCAGUGCACACAAGCAGUCCUUCCCAGUCAUGCAGUCUCCCUUCUCUGCGCGUCAGGCCUCCACACCAGGAACAGGCAUGCAGCAGGGGUGCCUUUCUCCAGCUCAGGUGGAUCCGUUCUACAGUCAGGGGGAGACGCUGUCAUCGGACGACCAGCUGGACCAGACCUGGGUCACGGUCUUCGGUUUUCCUCCAGCCUCAGCGUCCUACAUCCUGCUGCAGUUCGCUCAGUAUGGAAACAUCCUCAAACACACGAUGGCGUCUCCCGGUAACUGGAUGCACCUCCAGUACCAGUCCAGGCUGCAGGCCAGAAAAGCCCUGUCUAAAGACGGCAAGGUGUUUGGAGACUCCAUUAUGGUGGGAGUCAAGCCCUGCAUAGACAAGAGUGUGAUGGGGAGCAGCGACGCCGUCUCUCCGCCCCUCUCGGUUUCCUCCUCCGCUCUCCCCUCCACCCCCCGCUCUGCCAUCAGGCCGCUUAGCGCCUCCUACAGGAGCUCCGGCAGCGACUACCAGGUGGUAGCAGACAGACAAACGCCCAGGAAGGAUGACAGCUUUGUUUCCAAAGCAAUGGAGUACAUGUUUGGCUGGUGAUGAGAGAGGAAGAGGUGCAGAUGGAUAGAAGGAUUCACUACAGCGUGUGUGAAUGAAUGAGUGAGUGAGUGUGAAUGUGAGGGUUGGAGAAUCUCUCUGUCUGCUUUUUUUUAUCUUGAAUUUUUAGUGUCUUUGUCUCAAUAAAGCUCGUCUUUUACUUUAA